CCUCCGAGGCGCGGGCGGUGCGCGACUCCGCGGGCCCCCGCUGGGCGCCGCAGGCGGCCCCCGCCCCCCCGCCCCCUCGAGGCCGAUCCGCCCCGCGGGGGGGCAGUGGCCCUGCUGCCGCCGACGGGCGGCAUGGGGGGAGCGGUUCCUCAACGUGGCUAACACCAACGGGAACUCAGCAUCAGACGCAGCAGUUCGGGGCAGGCUGGACGAAGCCAUCGGAGCGGCCGAUCGAGCUCUGCAGACCGCCGCGCAGCUGAAGCAGCUGCCGCGGCGACAGGUGAGCGCCGGCGCCGAGAAUAUCAAACCGCGCUUGAGGAGCUCGAGCGCCCGGCCGGUCGCGCCGACGACGACCCCGAGGGCGACCGCACCCCGUCCGGCGCAGGAGGAGGAGGAGGAGGGGGAGGAGGGGGAGGAGGAGGGGCAAGGGGAGGAUUGGGGUGAGUGAUGCCCAACACAAAACCUACUCGCCGACCUCGCUUCAUGGCGGGCUGGCGCCCCUAGGUUCAGUCCAGCGGCAAGUGGCCGGUGUCUCCCACGGUGACUACCUUCGUGGAGCCCCGUCCGGCCGGACGUUCACCAACGUGACCGAGGCGCUCCGGAUAGAGUAGCUCCCGGCAGUGCCUUGGCCUCCUCGGGGGCGUGUCCCAGGGCGCGCAGGAGCCAGUAGAGCACCGGGGCGUCCUCCGCGACCAUGACGACCGUGUCGCGGCUGUGCUGGGUGGGCGGGGUGAAGAACUGGAGAUAGCCAGCCUCG